UCAAAUUAAACCUUAAAUAAUAUAGUACAGUCAAACUAUUCCUUAAAUUUACAACAUAGUAACAUUCAACUGAAAUUCAUACAAUUGUUAAAUAAGUAACCAAAAAUGUUGACCGCUUGUCCAGAAGAAUUACCCAAUCCGCACAAGAAUUGCCUGAGGGAGAUGCUUAAUACGCUGAUCUGCAAUGAUCAGGAUGUCAAGCGUUUGAACAUUGAGUUAAGGAAUAUGCAGGUUGAGCUCAAGGAAGAAUUGAGGAAAAACGAAACUGAGUCUAAAAUUUGCUCUUCUGAGAAGAAGUUAAAUAACCGUGCAGAGCCUAGAGUUUGUGAUAGCGAUGACCCCAAGACAGAGUUCUCUAAACGCAUCAUCAACUUGAGCGAGAUUAAGCAUUUCUAUACGAAACGCUGUGAGGAAAUUCGCAAGCGUCGUGAUAAUAUUAUAAUCUAUGGUCGACAGUGUAUGCGAGCCUAUAACGAGGAGAAGUGUAAAUUCAAGUCUUUCCACGAGAACACCAUUGAUUACAUAAAACGCACGGCAACUUUGUCACAGGAUCAGCAAGUCGUUCAACGCUGCGAGCGUGAUAUUUGCGAGAUGCACAAGAGAUUCGUCAAGGAAGUGGCCAAUCUAAAGCAAUGCGAGUCGCAGCUGCAAUCAUUCUUUAAACUGCUCAAAGACUCGGAUCCAAAUACUUAUUGCGAGUGCUGUUGCUUUAAGGAUUACGAUUGGUUACCACAGGGUAAAAAGUUGGAAGCAGUUGAAAAUGUAUCCACUGAAUUAAAAGUGAAAAUGGGCAAGGUUUUGGUGAGUGCUUUGGCUCAGCUGCACACUCAUAUGCCGCAGGACAUGCACGGAUUUUUAGCUGGUUAUUUGAUGAAUGUUGAGCGCAACGAGCAAGAAGUGAAGGAGAAACUUGAUAUAUUUCAAGAUCAUGUGGAAUUCCAAGAGAAAGAGCUUCCGGAUCCAACUUUCCACUGUGAUACUGAUUGCCCUAAGUCACAGUGAUUCGUCUGAGCUAUUAAUUUUAAAUUCACUUGUUAAAUGUUGCAAAUAAAUAGCAAUCGCAUUUCAAUUCAAUUUUGUAA